GUCCUUGGAUUCCAUCACUACCGAGCAAACAAUGGCAUAUCUUCAGGCUAUAGCAUCUUUCGCAUUGUCCUUCAUGCUCUUCUCCCAGAGCCUGACGACCCCUUACUUUUCUUCAUACUGUCAUGAUGUCUCGCCUCCAUAGUGCUCUCAAGUUCACCUCGCGCCUCUUAUACGCAAAGGAUUCGGACAGAGCAAGCCCUCCUCCGCCUCCUCCCAAAGAUAACUAUGAUACGCCUAGUUUGGACAUUGGCAGCAGGUCAAUGACAGUAAUCCAGACAGAGCGUGUAUCUAACAAUAUACCAGACUCUUAUCACGGUGUGCUCCUUCUGCGAGGCAGCACAGCUUCAAAACAGAUGCCACCAUUGCCUGAUCGUAGCCGCGAUCUCCCUUUGCCUCCUACCGAGCGUCGCUCGCAUCCCUCGUCAAAGGUCCCUAUUGUUGCUGGACAACAGGAAAUGCCGUCUUCAUCACCGCCAAAGCGUCGUUUCAUCUUCGAUGAACAAGAGCGAAAGCGGAAGUUGGAAGAGGACCUCAGACUUGCGGCAGAAAUCAGACGUCAGAGGGAAGAGAAGGAACGUCGUGAAGAGGAGGAAUUGCAGCGGGCCAUUCUAGAGAGGAGGCAGCGGGCGAAGCAGAAACGUUUGGAGUAUGGGAAAGCAGCCCAAGAAUGGCGCUCUCAGCAUGUUCGACAACUGCAGGAAUCCACUCGGCGCGAAAGGGAGCAGCGGGAACGUGUCCUAGAAGCUCGACGGAUGCGCUCCCUAUCCAGCAGUGUCUCGGUAUCGGAUGACGUAUUCUCUGGCUGGGUAUCUGCGCAAAGUAUUGGGUCGCCUGUGUGGCGCCGACGAUACUGCCGUGUCCGCAGUAACCACGUCAAACUCUAUAAGGAUUCCACGCCCGAAAGCGUUGCGGUCGCGGAAAUCAGUCUUGAAAAGGUCAUGAACUUGAAAGACUGCAGUGACGAUUUCGAGGAAUUAGAGUCCCUCCCCCACGCAUUUGCUAUUCAAGUCCAAGAUGAUACGAAUUAUGCUUUCAUGUGUGAUAAUGAGGAAUCCAAAGCUCAACAGUCGGACUACAGGAACUUCUCGUCUCCCUAAUCACCCAAGUCACUGGGUUGUAAUUAUAUCUAAGCGAUGUAUACGGUUUGUUGGAUACCCGCUUUUUAUUGGUAUUUAUUCUAUUCCUACGACAAGAUACAACAAAUAUACAUACAGUAGAUCCAAGAAUCAAAGCUAUGAGACUGGCG